CCCUUGUUGCUCGGCUGUUUGGUUGGAAGGCGGAGUUCACUCCAAUAAAGUCCUCUCUUAAAGCUCGGUGGAGUCAGUGGUGGCCUUCGCUUUCACUGGAAUAAAGAGUUUAAAUUCUUUCUCAAUUACCUCGCGGACGAACCUUCGCUUCUGAUUUGGACGGCAGAGGAAAGUGGACUGAUACAAUUUCACCUGCGGUAUAAGUCGAAAUAACGUCACGUCCUGAUCGGUGCUGUAUAAACCAUAAUGAAGCACCUCUCUGUAUUUUGCUUGUAUGCGCUGGUGAUUCUGCAUUGUCUUGAUGGCGUGCUGCCCCAGGCCCCCUCAUAUGGUGAACGGGGCUCAGAUCUCGGCAUACAGGUGUUUCAGCAAGUAGUCCGCUCCAAGCCCCUGGAAAAUGUGGUGUUUUCACCCCAUGGAGUGGCUUCCAUUCUAGGCAUGCUGCUACCUGGAGCCCAUGGAGAAACCCGGAAGCAGAUCAUUAGUGCUCUCCGUUACAAGAAAAAUGGUCCUUACAAGAUGUUGAGGAAGCUGCACAAGACCUUGACAACCAAGUCCAACCAGGAUGCCGUGCUGAUUGCCAAUGGCAUUUUCAGCCAGGAGGGCUUCCCCAUGGAGGCGUCCUUUGUAAGCACCAACAAAGAGAACUUCCAAAGUGAGGCUAGGAGCUUGGACUUCAACAACCCUGAGGUGGCAGCCAAUGAAAUCAACGAAUGGGUCAACAAUAAGACCAAAGGUCACAUCUCCAGCUUGAUCAAACCAGACAUGUUGGACCCAGCUAUGACCCGUCUAGUCACUGUCAACUCAAUCUACUUCAAAGGCUUAUGGAAGUCUCGCUUCCAGCCAACAAACACCAAGAUGAGGCCCUUCAAAGGUGGUGAUGGGAAUGAAUAUUCAGUCCCAAUGAUGUCCCAGCUAUCUGUCUUCAAUAUAGGCAUGGCCACCACACCUCAGGGGCUGAAAUACAAGGUGAUUGAGCUGCCCUACCAUGGCAACACCAUCAGCAUGCUGAUUGUUCUCCCCUCUGAUGAGGACACACCCCUGUCCCGUGUUGUCCCACACAUCAGCACAGCCACAGUUCAGAGCUGGACCAAACUGAUGCGCAUGAGGAAAGUCCACCUGGUUAUCCCCAGGUUUACUGCGGAUGCGGAGGUAGAUUUGGAAGCCCCACUUUCAGCACUGGGAAUAACAGACAUGUUCAGUCAGGUCAAAGCCGACUUCAGACACAUCAGUGUUGAGCCUGUGCAUGUAUCCAGGGCACUCCAGAAAGCCAAAAUUGUGGUGAAUGAAGAUGGAACAAAAGCAGCAGCUGCCACAACUGCCAUUUUGCUGGCUCGGUCCUCUCCACCUUGGGUUACAGUGGACAGACCUUUCCUCUUCCUCAUCAGACAUAACCCAACAGGUACCAUUCUCUUCAUGGGCCAGAUCAACAAGCCUUGAGCCAUCACCAGCAUCAUAGGCCAACACAGGAAAUGCUUAUACACUGCCACGCAUGAACACAAACAUACACAUGAGCACACACUCACAUAGACACAUACACUUUGCUGUAGACUUAUGUACAAUGUGGACAUAUGAUGUUAUUUGUUAUAAAUAUUGCUUUUUAUGUUACCCAUUUUCUGUAAUGCUUAGCAUGCUUUAUAAAAUGUUUUGCAGACUAAAUUUUCCAGCUGUUUUAAUUUUUUGUACACUUUUUUGAAUUUAUUACAUUUUUAAGAAAAACUUUGAAUGUCAAUUGUGUAUUUUCUGAACUCUGGAAUAGGGUGAUUUUAUUUUGUGAUUUAUCAUGUUGUUUUCAGUAAAAAGUUCUCCAUCUCAAGUCACAUCACUUCAGUUGAUUCUAAGUUUCACUCCAAAGUUACACCAAUGUACAUCCCAUCUUGAAAGCCUUGCAUUCAGCUACUUUAAACUGAUUGUUUCCCUCACUGAGGAAGUCUUCUGUUACCGUACUUGCGGAAUAAAUACACAUAUUUAUAACACCAA